AUGCAUUUGUUUGUCGUUCUCAUAGCUGCCUUGAGUUUUGCUCAAGCUGUUGAUAACUAUCAAAAUCCAUUGAUUUGGAAUUUGUUCAAGCGUAUUCAUAAGAAACAAUACGCCAAUAGUCAAGAGGAACAAUAUCGUCAAGGUGUUUUUGAAAACAAUGUUGCUAAAAUCAAUCAGCACAAUCUAGAAACUGACUUGGGUUUGCAUACGUAUACGCUCAAAAUCAACAAAUUUGCUGAUAUGGCACAUGAAGAGUUCCUUCGAACGAUGGUCGGGGGAUUCAAAAGACGCUCGACUACGGAAAUAUCAAGCACAUUCGAUCGACACACAUUUCUCCCACCCUCGAAUGUGGUCAUACCACCUUCUAUAGACUGGCGUACAAAAGGAGCGGUGACAACGGCGAUUGAAGAUCAAGGUCAAUGUGGUUCAUGUUGGGCAUUCACGGCCACUGGUGCCCUGGAAGGACAACAUUUUCUCAAGACGGGAAAAUUGGUAAGAUUAUCGGCACAAAAUUUGAUGGAUUGCUCUGGCAAAUAUGGUAAUCAAGGUUGCAAUGGUGGAUUGAUGGACGCCUCGUUUCAAUACAUCAAAGACAACAAAGGUAUAGACACAGAAGCAAGCUAUCCAUACGAAGCAGUGGAAGGUACAUGUCGCUUCAAGCGGGCAAAUGUUGGUGCCACCGACACGGGUUUCACCGAUCUUCCAGAAGGAAAUGAGACCACAUUGCAAAUUGCUCUCGCUACUGUGGGUCCGAUAUCAGUUGCGGUUGAUGCUAGUCAUUCAUCUUUUCAAUUCUAUUCAUCAGGCGUCUACGAUGAGCCUGAUUGUUCGACAACAAAUAUCGAUCAUUCUUUCAUUCUCGUUGGCUAUGAUACGUAUAAAAAUGGUACAACCAAACAAGAGUAUUAUAUUGCAAAAAAUUCUUGGGGUGAAUCGUGGGAAAAUCGUGUUAACGAAGAAAUGACUCAAGGUAUUGAUUCACAAAAAGUAACUAUUCCAGCAGAGGCACAAGGCUAUUCAGAAGCUCGAGUUGCUGCAUCACUUGGUUCACGAUCAUUUAGCAAAACUGGUAAAUCCUCGAUCGAUGGUCACGUUUACACUACAAUUUACGAAGGUUUUAAAAUUGGUACAGAUAUUGCAAGAAAACAUGGAGACAAUCGAUGUUUAGGUUUUCGAGUAAAUCGUAACAGUGAAUAUCUAUGGCUGACAUACAAAGAAACCGAACGUGCUGCUACAGAUAUUGGUAGUGCACUUAUUCGAUUAGGUGAAAAUCAUGGACAAAAUACAUUCAUUGGUAUCUAUGCAGUCAAUAGUGUUGAAUGGCUAAUUACAGCUUUAGCAUGUCAUUUUCAUAGUAUGAUUUAUGUACCUCUUUAUGAUACACUCGGACAAUCUGCUAUUAUUCAUAUUAUAAAUCAGACUGGGUUAAGAACAAUUUUUAUUGAUAAAGCUGAAAAUGUUCUGGCUUUACUUAAACUUACUCGUCGAGUUCCAACAUUAGAACGGAUCAUAUUAACAAAAAGAUUAUCAGAAGAUCAAAAAUAUAAAGUAAUGAAAAAAGCUUCGAGAAAAGGAAUUCAAAUUUUCACAUACAAACAAUUAUUAGAACUGGGUCGAUUAAGACCAGUAGCUCAUCAUCCACCUAAACCUAAUUAUUUAUUUCAAAUUUGUUAUACAAGUGGUACAACAGGUUUACCAAAAGGUGCCAUGUUUACACAUAAAAAUAUUGUUUCUGUAGUUCAAACAGCAACUGAAUUACUUGCACCUGUUUUCAAUGAAUUGGAAACAUUAAUUUCAUAUUUACCAAUGGCUCAUGCAUAUGAACAAGCUGCUGAACUUUAUUGUUUAUGUAAUGGUUUUAAAAUUGGUUAUUAUCUAGGUGAUAUAAAGCUACUAUCUGAUGAUAUGGCUCAUUUAAAACCAACGUUUAUGCCCAGUGUACCUCGAGUUUUGAAUCGAAUGUACGAUACUAUUCAAGCAACGAUUCGUCAAUUACAAUCAUCUCAACAGCAGUUAUCUACUACGGGAUUAUCAGCUAAAGAAAAUGGUGCUAAUGAAGAUCCUGUAGCACGUCAAAAGGUUUUGAAUGAUUUAGUUAUACAACAGGUUCAAAAAAGUCUCGGUGGACAUGUUAAAUUAAUACUCUGUGGUGCUGCACCAUUAUCACCAACAGUUCUACAAUUUCUCAGACGUGUUUCUGGAGUUCAUAUUAUUGAAGGCUAUGGGCAAACAGAAUGUUGUGGUUUAUCAACAACUCAUCUACUUGGCGAUCCAUCUACUGGACAUGUCGGUGUACCAGCACAUUGUAAUAUGAUUAAAUUAGUUGAUGUACCCGAUAUGGAAUAUUUUGCAAAAGAUAAUGUUGGAGAAAUAUGUAUUAAAGGUCCAAAUGUAUUUAAAGGUUAUUAUCGUGAUAAAGAGAAAACACGAGAAGCUAUUGAUAGGAACGGAUGGUUACAUACGGGAGAUAUUGGUAAAUGGACAGAAACUGGUCACCUUCAAAUUAUUGAUCGAAAGAAACAUAUGUUUAAAUUAUCACAAGGCGAAUAUAUUGCACCAGAACGUAUUGAAAAUAUUUAUAUUCAGAGUAAAUAUAUAGCUCAAGCAUUUGUUUAUGGUAAUAGUUAUAAGAAUGUGCUUAAAAUUACCAAACUCGAAUCCACUGCACUUCAAAUCGUCUAUUUUGGUGGUGGUUAUUUCUGUUUCUCACCCAUUGCUGCUGAAAUUCUUAAACGUAAAGGAUACAAAAUCACCAUUGUCAUGGGUCUUACUCUUUUUGCUCUUGGUGCUAUUUCAUUCUGGCCUACAGCUCAUUUCUCUACUCUAGGCAAUGGCAAAAAAACAUUUAUUGGAUUUAUUGUCUGUACUCUUGUCAUUGCUUGUGGUCUUGCUACGUUGGAAACUUCUGCGAAUUCCUACGUCACUAUUAUUGGUAAUCCAAAAUCAGCUUCAAUGCGUUUACAAUUUUGUCAAUCAUGGAAUGGCGUAGGAUCAUUUAUUGGUCCACUUAUUGCUUCGAAAAUCUUUUUCUCAGGAACGAGUUCUACCAAUUUGAAGAAUGUUCAAUAUGUUUAUAUAGCUGUUGCUUGUACUGCAAUCAUAGUUGCUUUUCUAUUCAUUUUCUCGAAAUUACCUGAAAAUGUCACAAAUGAUCAGCAGUCUUCAAGUAUUAUUGAUGAAAUACAUAGUAAAUCUACACCAUUGUGGAAACAAUUCAAUAUGAUCUUUGCAUUUGUUGUCACGUUCUGUUAUGUUGGUACUCAGGUGAAUAAAUUUUCAGAAUCAUUUAACAUUUGCUAA